CUCAUUAUAGUCAUCCGAAUCGGAACUGUUGGGAUGUUGAAGACAAGCAAGCAGUUCACGCACGGACCCACAAAUCACAGCAUUCAGGUGUCUGAUGGAUACACAAUUUCCAUUCAUGGGCUCAAAAUGACUCUACUGUGGGGUCCUCAUGCCGCGGGCCAAAAGCACCUUCUGGGAGGACAUAUAUCCGACGCAGCUGAAUUGAACGUCUGGAGCGUCAACAUGUCGAGCAACAGCAAAGGCACCAAAUCCGCCACUGGCAGCCAUACUCAGAACACAACAGGAAGCCAUAAGGCGGGCACUGCGGAUGGCAUUGGACCCCAACCCACUAUACAACAUAUUGCCCCGACUCAGAGCACCCAAGCUACCCGCGGCCAACAGUUGAGGCGGGAAGGUGCGAUAGCAGACAUCGCCGCGCAAGGCAAAUCGGAUACGAAGCCCCCGAGCUUGUAG